CUGGCCUCGGCCUCUUCUGGAGAAUCUCUGGAGUGCUGGGAAGCUUGGAAGAGGGACCCCCGGCUAAUGACAACCCCCGGUUGGUCCCGUCAAUUGCAGAAUCAUCCGACCAGAUGAUGAUCCGUGGAAAGCGUUGCAAUAAGACCACUCCAUCGAAGCUCAGACUUAUGUUACUCUGCUGUUGCUGCUGUUGCUGCUGCUGCUGCUGCUGCCGCCGUCUGCGAGUUUUACGUUUUGUUGCCUCCUCUCGAACAAGGAUAGGGGAACAGGGGGGUGGUCUCAUUUGUUCAUUUUACGUGACACACAAGGGAACGAUCGAUUUCCGCCAUGGUCGAGCGAAGGAGGGGGUGAACGAGGAGGCAAGCGGUGAUCUCGUAUCAGGGAAAAUGCCCCCAUCCCAAUGGAUGUCCCCAUCAGCAAUUGUAACGGUGUCGUUCCUUUUUUUAAUAUUUUUUUUUAUUUUGGUUCCCCUCUCUCAACAACGUAUGAAUUGUACUGUACCUACCGUACCUCGAAAAACCAAAGUUUGUCUCCGCUUGGCUCCGGCAGCCGGAUUAGGUAAAAAACUGGGUAAAUCUGGGCAAAUCUGGGGAAAGCUGCUUCGUACCCUGACGUCACCGUCCACCCGCCCACCGCCUCACGGUCCUCGCUUGCCAAUCGUGCCGUCUUGUUGCUUUUAAUCUGAUGCAGAGCAGCCACCCCUCGUGCUGCAAAUCUUCCAUGCUGACGGCACUCAUGCGCCAUUCAAGCCUACUGUGUUCUCCUCUCUUGUGCCUUUAUCUUCCGAGCGACAAAACAAUAGCAUUCGUGGUCACCAGUUCGCGCAAUUGAGUUCGCCAUGAUUUACUUCCAACUCAUACACUCCCCGAAACUCGUUCUUACCGCUCCGUCUUGGAUCUUCAGACCUUUAGUAACAAGACAUUUAACAAUGCCAUGGCUGCUCCUCAGCUGGAUCGACCGGAAAU